GCGGGGCCGCGCGUCCCGGGGCGUGGCCCGUGGAGCGAGGGAGGGUCUGCGGCCCUCCAGCCGGCCACGUGGCGGCCCGCAGGCUUCAGCCCCCGCCCCAUUCAAACGAUGCCGAAGGGGCGGCGCGGCUGCCCGAGCCCCACGAUGAGCAAGCGGCCCGCCCCGCCCCUCUACUUCCCAUCCCUCUACGACCGCGGCAUCUCGUCCUCCCCCCUCAACGACUUCAACAUCUGGAAGAAGCUCUUCGUGCCGCUCAAGGCGGGGCGGCGGCGGGGGGCCGGGGCGCCGGGCCGGGCUGGGGGGCGGCGGCGCGGCGGCCGGGGCCGGAGCCCGGCGGCCCAGCAGCCCCGCCGCCGCGCCCCGCCGCCGCCGCCGCCGCCCGGCCUGGGCCCCUGAGCGAGCGCCCGUGCCCCAGCCCUGGCCGGCCGGCCUGGCCCCAUCCCCUACGAGCCGCUGCGCUUCUUCUACUCGCCGCCGUCCGGCCCCGAGGGCGCCGCGCCCCCGCCGCCGCCGCCGCCGCCCCCGCCCGGGCCUCCGGCGCCCGCCUGCCCCGCCGCCGCCGCCGCCGCCUCGCAGCCCGACGAGCUGUGCGAGCUGGAGAUCCGCAUCAAGGAGCUGGAGCUACUCACCAUCACCGGGGACGGCUUUGACUCCCAGCGCUAUAAAUUCCUGAAGGCACUAAAAGAUGAAAAGUUGCAAGGCAUAAAGAUGAGGCAGCACCUGAAGAAGCCCACGCCGCUCUCCUAACGAGAUGUCGAAGGCCGCGUUACCGUAUCUCCAUAGCGUUAGAUGUUAUUGAGUAGAGAAUGUAUCCCGUUUCUUGCCGUUUCAGAUAUAACUAUUUUCUGUUCUUUAGUUCCUUACCUCUUUCCUGCUCCCAGGUGCACAUUACAAAUACAGCGUCAGCUUGUCUAGUAA